CAGGAAACAAGAGUGGAGCGUAAAGAAACAACGAGGAAGCGAAUACAGCGUAAUUGAGCACAUAGUUGGAGGAGAGUUAGAUGUUCAUGGCUCUUAUGCUGCUGCUGGUUUUCAUGGUUCAGGGUGAAAUGGUCUGUUCAGGGGAGCCCGUCCGAGUGCUAGCUGGCGAGGACGUCGUCCUGCCCUGUUCCCUGGGCCGUGAGUUGGAUCCGGGCGGGUUGAUCGUGGAGUGGUCCAGACCGGACCUCAAGCCCGAGAGCGUGCACAUUUACCGGGAGGGUCAUGACCUGCACGACCAACACCCGUCCUACAAGCAGAGGACGUCGCUGUUUAAAGAGGAACUGAAGAAGGGCAACGUCUCCCUGAAACUGUCCAGAGUGAGGCUGGAGGAUGAGGGGCUCUACACCUGCCUCACUUACACAGCAGACAAACAGGAGAAGAACAACACGGCCGUUCUGCUGCUGGUGGGUGCAGGGCCUCUGUGCCAGCCUGAGAUCUCCAUCCUGGGGCAGCAGGAGGGUGGGGUGCUUCUGCAGUGUCGCUCCCACACGUGGCACCCCCACCCCCGGUUGGAGUGGCUGGACGGCCAGGGGCGCGUCCUCCCUGCUGUGGUCACAUCCAGCCAGGCCGACGGCAGCCACACCGUGAGCAGCAACCUGACGGUGCAGAGGAACUGCUCCACCGUCACUUGCAGAGUUUACUCUGAGAAGAUCGACCACAUGAGAGAGACGGUGAUCAGUGUUCCUGGUGACUUCUUCAAAACAUGUCAUGUUCCUGUGACUGUUGGGGUUAUCUGUGCUGCUAUGGCAACAGCUAUUAUUGUGCUGAUCAUCUUCUUAGUAAAGAGAAAAAUAUGCUGGACAGGAAAAACAGUGUCAGCCGACAGGAGGAGUGGUGAGGAGAUGGCGAUGAACGGGGUGGAAGGAGGUGCUGGUGAGGGAGGUCAGAAUCACGAGGAGCAGUUGGCACAGCUGAGGAGGGAGAAGGAGCAGUUGGAGAGCGACCCCACAGUAUCAAAGCUACAGCAUGAUCUGCAGCAGAGAGACGCCACAGUAUCAAAGCUACAGCAUGAUCUGCAGCAGAGAGACGCCACAGUAUCAAAGCUACAGCAUGAUCUGCAGCAGAGAGACGCCACCAUUAAGAAACUCUCACAGCAGGAGGUCAACAAACCUCCCAGAAGGAGAAGUAGUUCUGUCAGGUUGAGACUUCCAUCUUUAUCGUCACAAUUACCAGAGGAGGGACCCAGCUCCCCACUCCUCUCUCCAGACAAUCGCUUUCUCCCCUAGUCUCUGUCCUGCCUCCCCUCCUAGCAUCUCUCUGCUACAGUGUGUGUGUUUGUGUGCACUUGUUUGUGUGUGUAUGUAAGCAUGUAUGUGUGUUGGUUUGCACCAGGGAGGUGAAUAGGGAAUGUGAAAUAUCUUGUUGAACGACAUUUCAAAGGAUCGGAGCUCGACAAGUCUUAUCCUGAAGUUAGAUAAUGAUCUGCUUUCUGGCAAACAUGAUUUAGAGUGGCAAUCCUGAACUGUGUAAACAAAAAACAGUUUUUUUAUUUCACUGUUGCCUUUCUGAUUCUAUAGUUUGCUCAUACGUCCAUAUUAAUCUCAAUCUGCACUGUGAAAACAAUAACACUGUUUUGAACUGCG